AUGAGCUGUAACCUUGAUACGCGUGCUCGCUGUGAGAGACCUAGCGUGGUGCAACCAGGCAGUACCACAAAGUGUAUGGCGAACUCGCUGCUCUUCCUGUACAGAGUUUUAUCGGUCUUUGUUUUGCUCGGUGCAGUAACGUACCUCCGCGUGUUUCAGCACGAUCUUUCUUUAAUAACUUUCUCAUCGCAGACUUUAGUUCUCCUCGCUGUUUCAUUGACAACGCUUCAUUUGGUAGCGCUGCUUAACUGCCGACGAUCGAGGUCGCAGCCCAUCAUGAUAGCCUUAUCAAGAGACGUUCAUGCAGAGCAUCAUUUUCCAGAACUCGAGGCGGACGUAUCGCCACAGUUCGUGUUGGACGAUGUGGAAGAAGGUAGCUCUGGUACGGCGGACACGUCAAUUUCGCGGGAAAUGGAGCGCUCGAAGACAGUGCAUUCGGUGUCGAUGCAUAAUCGGGAAGACUCGGUUUCGAUGUGGCAGCAAUAUCCCGCCCAUACCCGGUCCGAAGCGCCUUGCUCCAAGUUACCAGCUUUCGUCGAGAGCGUGUUUCUCCUGGCAUUGGCAAAUUCAAUUUUUCUGGAUGCCGUCUGGUGGCUCAUAUUACGCCCGCGGGGGGAGCCUUCUGCGCCUCGACGGUUUUCGACGUAUUUGCUACAUGGACCGAUUAACGUUAUCAUGGGUUCGAUGGAAGUGUUGAUCGGCACGAUCAGAGCUCGUAGAGCAGCUCUGGUUAUGGGCUCACUAUAUCUAGCGCUGUACUUUUUGUUCGCAUUCAUGUAUCACCAGGCACGAGGCGAAUGGUUAUAUUUUUUCCUGAACCCUCGCUCACGGAGGAAUUGGUUCAUUCUAAUCGGCCUAGUGAGCUGGUACUACGCCUGCUAUGCGCUGAUCUUCCUCGUGGUCGCUGCACGUGACUGGAUGAAGGUCCGACUCGCAUUGCGCGCAAAAUAG